UUUGCCGCAAUAUCUUUGGCUUUUGUCAAUUUCAGGAAUGGAGGAGGAGGAGGUGGCGAAACCUUCGGAGGAUUAUCAGGGAUGCUACGUCAAAUACUCUCACCGUCGCCUUCGCCCGAGACGGGAGAGGGCAGUAUGACGGCGAUCGGUUGUAAUUUUCUCCAGACAAAUUCGAUCUUUUCGAAUCAAUCGUCGAUGAUGCCAUUGACAUUAUCCUCGGCGACUUUACAAACGAUACCAUCUCAUCUCUCAAUGAUCUAUCCGGAUCAAGGUGGUCUUCUGAUGGAUCAGUCGCAGCUCAUCCUCCCGGAGUCCUAUCCCUGUCCUACCUGUGGUCUUGAGUUUCGUAGUACUCUGAAGUUAAAUUAUCACGUGAAAACGAGUCACCCAAGGCGGCCGGAGUACGAGCAACAAAACGUCGAAAUUACGGCGAGGUACUCGUGCUCCGUUUGCCCGAGGAGUUUCUUCGUUCUUGCGCACCUAAGGAUGCACGAAACGACGCACGAACUCGCGCCGCAUUCCUCAUCGGUGUUAGGUGCAUCUCCGUCGAACGUGCCUACUUCUCGUAGCACGAAUUCUACUACCGGACUGAUGUCCGGCAUGUCCGUCGUCGUACCUGCUGGUGCUGCUACAGGCAAUAUCGAGAAAACAUUUAGCUGUGAUCGAUGUCAAGCGAGUUUUCGAUACCGUACACUCUUGGAACGUCACAGAAAGAUGCACGAACUCGGACAGGAGAAACCCUACUCUUGUCCAAGAUGUCUUAUGCGUUUUGAGACGCGUAAUCUUUACAAUCAUCAUGCUAAAACUCACAAACCUAGCAUCGAUGCCAAUGACAGACUCGCAAUAGACAGCAAUGCAGUCUCUCUAACAGAUCCUAAUCUUACGGUUACUGGAACUAACCCUUCUGUUGUCAGUUAUUCUCCAUCUCCAACGGUGGAUGCUGCUAAUGUCAACAAAUCGUUGACUACAGUCUCUUAUCCUUGUGACUCUUGCUCAAAACAAUUCACCACCAUUGAAUCCCUCACCAGUCACAAGGCUGUACACAGGUCCAGGCCAUUGGUCUGCGAUGUUUGCGGCAAAGGUUUUACUCAUCGCAAGUAUUACGUCGUUCAUCAACGUAUUCACACUGGUGAGAGGCCUUAUUUAUGCGCCAUGUGUGGUAAAUCAUUUACUCAAGCAUCUACCCUCACGGUUCAUCGUCGUUAUCACACUGGAGAACGACCAUACACUUGUACACUUUGUGGGAAGGGAUUCGUUACAAGAACUAUUAUGCUUAAUCAUAUGAAGAAACAUUGAAAAGGAUAUUUUAUCUAAACAAUUGUUUCUCGUGAUAGCUUAAAUGAAGGUAGCACAUUGAAGAUUUUUUUGGUUAUAUAUUUAUGUGUAUAUACAUAUACACACAUAUAAAAUUGGAAAAACAAGGAAAUUUAAGGUAAGACAAACUGAUAGAAUGAUUAUUUUGAACGGUUUUUUCAUAUUAAUUGAAUAUUCGAAGUACCUGGAAUUAUUUUUUUUUCCUUAUUUAUUUUUUGUAUAUAACGAUCUUAACUUUAUAAGAUAGAGUUUUGAAGGCUCUAACAGGUUGUGUUAGUUGUAAUACAAUAUCGUCAAAAAAUGAGAUAAUUAUUUGAUACUUAGCUUUUAGUGUCUAAUAUCAUCUCUGUGAUAUCGUUUGAAAUGCCUCUAUCAUAUUAUUAAAACAAUCAAAUGAGAAAUUUGUAUCGUUGAACGUUAAGAGGCAUAUAAUGAAAUACAUGUUUAGAUAGAAAUGCAAAAAUAACUAAACAGGAACAUGGAGAAUGCAGAGUAAUAUAGAUUUAGGUAAUUAUCUCGCUCGAGUGUGUUAAUUACUCGCGAGAAUUGUGUUUUGUACCUGUAUAGGAUAUAUUGAGAUUUCAUUUGAAGUUUAACGUGCCUAAGACAUGUGCCUAAUUUUUCUUAUUAAUCUUAAAACAUCAUGUGGAUUAAAAUUAAUGAAUAUAUAAGAAAACGAUACGUACGUUUUGUGUACGUAACUUUUGAGAUUACGGGAAUUAAUGAGAAAUUUAUAAAGUUAAAUGCAAUUUAACUUGACAUGUGCAAUAUAUAUAUAUAUACGAAUUUAAAACGACGUUCUUAGAUUUAAAUUGCGUAGUAUCACAAUAGUCGAACAGAAAAUAAACUUUCGACAAAUUUAGGUGCUUUUCAUGACUGCAAGCGGGCCAAAUUUUGCCGCUAUAAUACACUAAGUGGUUAUAAAACGUAAGUAUAAAAAUGUUUAUACAUUUGUACCUAAUUAAUUGAUAUUUAGUAACUAUAGGAAAAAAAUUUAAUAUAAUUAUAUGUACGUAUAAUCGGUGGUGAAUAAUCGUUAAAAACUAUUUUCAUCACCUAUAGAUGUACCUUUUAUGUUGGAUUAAAGUUAUUGUAAAUGUUAUAUCAUAAAUAUAUUCACGAAUAAGUAUUAUUAUUUAUUUUAAAUUUAAGCUCGUAAUAUAAUAAAAAGUUAUAAAUUUUUUAAAUAUAAAAAAGUAAAAUAAUUCUACUGUUAAAUAGCAUGUCGGUAAAGUCACUUGCAAUUAUCGACGAAUGGUAAUCACUCGUAUUUAUAUAGAAUAUAUCUACUAUUUCAAAGUAAUGAAUAGAAAAUUAUCAUCUUAUA